GUGCACCACUGGCUCCUCGUCAGCUACGCCUGCGUGCUGGGCUUCCGGGCGACCCACAUACUCGGCACCUGGAGCCAGGAGGCGAAGCGCUGCUCCCUGGCUCACGCCGCCAUGACUCGCAGACGCCCGGCGGCUUCCGGGGCAGCCGAUUCUGCCGGUGGCGCGGCGGAGGCGGCGGCCGAGCGAGGGCAGGCGGAGGCGAACCCCCUUGACGGUCGCAGCUUCCUCCUGGAGCUCCGCCACAAGGGCGCGGUGGCGCAGGCGCUGUCCCGUUUCGUGUGGCUCCUCGCCGUGCCCUUCUUCUCGGUCUGGACCCUGCUCGGCUCGUCCUGGCUGUGGUCUGUGCGCGCGGAGACGCCGCAGUGCAUGCCGACGGAGACCCACUUCUGGUUCGCGGCCUUCUGGCUCGGACUCAGCUACAUCUGGAUCUCCAUCUACGCGGCCCUCGGCACGGUGGCCGCCACCCUGGAGUGGCGCGUGCGCCGCGCAGAGGGGGACCUGCGCCAGAUCGAGGACGCCGACGUCAUCUCGCGCUGGGGCCAGGUGAGCCGGCUGUCGGGGUAUCAGGAGCUCCCGACCAGUCAGGGACAAGGUCUGACGCCUGCCGACAUCCGCAAGUUGGGCGAGGCCACGCUGCUCCUCGACGAAGAGGCCAAGAUCAGCGGUGAGCUCGAGUGCUCAAUCUGCCUGACGUCCUUCGAGGCGGGUGACAAGGUGCGCCGCCUGCCAAACUGCAGCCACACGUUCCACAAGUCGUGCAUCGAUCUGUGGCUGCUGCGCAGCGCGGACUGCCCCCUGUGCAAGCGCGGCGUCGUGUGCGGGAGCAACGCUGACCGCAGCCGCUAACGAGCAAU